UCCGGGCCCGGCUCCGGGAACGGGGGGGCGGGGUAGCGCGGCGGCUGGUUGCUAUGGAGACGGCGUCUCCAACCGCCGACCUUAGCCGGGCUGCUUGGCUUUGACCGCGCCCGGGAUGAUGGGAUUUCGGCUUCUCUGCCGCCGAAAUUAGGUGUGGGAGCUCGCUGUCCGCCUUCGCCGUGCACCGAGAAGAAAGGAUUACGUUUGCCAGGAACAGUAAAGGAGAAAGGGCCGAGGAUGACUGAGAUAAACACGUCAGCUUCAAAUUCAGACGCAGAAACAAAGCCUGACCAGCUGCGUCCUUGCGUGAACCCUGGCAAUCCCGUCUUUUCCUGCAUGUUGGACCCAAAGAAGCUCCUUACCGCUACUUCCCUGUCAGAACCUAAGAUGAUUCUGUAUAAGACCAAUUCAAGUGAUUAUGGUGAAUUUUUACCAAUACCACAGUUUUUUCCCUGCAAUCAUAAUCCAAGGGCAUUUGCAUUUUCAAAUCAAAUCAGCAGUACUGGGUUUUAUCAAAAUAAUUCUCUAAACACUGGACCAGACAGAACCAGAACCCUUGAUUUCCCUAAUUUUCAACACACUAUAUGCCACUGAAUUAAUAAUAAUAAUAAAAAGUUAAAUCUUUGUGUUACCUAAUUUGGAAAGAUGAAGACUGGAAUCCUAGAACAUUUCGAGAAAUAAAGUAUUUCAAUUGGCAAUGGAAUGACAGCGACUUCUUAUAAAA